UCUGACAGCCCGUCUUAUGUGCGUCACUUCCGGGGUCCUACCAGCGAGCAGUCUGACCAAGGCGCUAAAAUCUUGAAGCUUGUGGUGUGAAGUUAGCUUGCUAAUGCCGUUCAAAACAAGUCAUUUAUAAAUUAUUCGUGUUUAUUGGGACUUUAUUUUCUUUUCUUUUUUUUUUUGUAAAUGGAGGAAUUAGAUGUGGAGCCGACAACCACGCUGAUCCCAGGCGCAGGCCUUAAACAGAAGCACCUGGGCUUUGAGUGGGGUCCCGGAGACCUGCUGAUGUACGAGACCAACUUUAAAUUACAAGAUUCUGGCUCUGGAGGCUCUGGUUCUCCCUUCAUCCACGUGGUACGCAGAGAUGAGGACAUCUACUCUCCCAUCCUGCGCAAGCUCUUCAACGAGUCUCAUCACAUCUUCGUCGGGCUGCAGAACAUUAAAGAUGACGUUCCAAGCAAGAACAAGAAACUGCAGUUUGUGAGCAUCAGUAAGAACUACAGGUCUGUAAUACGAGCCUGUAUGGAGGAGCUGCAGCAGGUCGCAGUAUCGACUACAGACACACAGUACAGCAACCAGGUGUCCAUUCUCUUAGCCAUAGAACUCAUCUGGAAUCUGUGUGAGGUGCUUUUCAUCGACGCAUCACCAGCCGGCUCUCUGCUGCUGCACCUGCUGGACUGGGUGCGCUUACACAAAGCUGACGUGGAUGAAAAAGCGCGAGAGGUCCUGCAGAGCGAAAGCCCCACACGUCAUCAUGCGUACUGGGACGUGGUGAUGUGUUUUGUCCUGCAGGGCCGAAUGGACGAGGCUCGACAGGUUCUGCAGAAACAGGCGUCUCUACAGCCGGCGUCCAGAGCCGCGUAUCAGCUCAUGGACAACCUGCUGCACAAAAUGCCCGUGUUUAACCCCGGUGGCACUCAGACCCUCACAGAGUUUGAUGUAAAGUGGAGGCACUGGCAUGAGGAGUGUGACCGCUGUCUCCAAGACAACUCCUUCGCUAGCAACCGUCACCUGGAAACCAUCUGCAAGGUCCUGGUUGGUGACGAGGACGCUCUGUUGGAGCAGAAAGUGCUGCUGGGAACCUGGUACCAUUUACUGAUCAGCCGCCUGCUGUUCUCUCAUCCCACUGUUAAACCCGCUGAGCUGCACUACUACGCUCAAUCGAGUAUGGACAUGUUCCUGGAGUCUCCCAGCGCCUCAGAGCCUCUGGACAGCAUCUUACUGGCUGCGUUUGAGUUCGACCUUCACCAAGUUAUUAAAGACUGCAGCAUUGCCCUGAAUAACUGGUGGUUUGUGGCUCACCUGACUGACCUGCUGGAUCACUGCAAACUCCUGCAGUCGCACAACCUCCAUUUUGGCUCUAACCUGCGGGAGUUCCUGGUGCUGGAGUACGCCUCCGGACUCUUCUCUCAUCACAGUUUGUGGCAGCUUGCAGUGGAUUAUUUCGAUCACUGCCCCGAGUUUGGUCGUGUGUAUCUGGAGCUGCAGAUCGAGAGAGUGCCGCUGGAGACGGAGCGCAAAGCGCUGAAGGUGCUGAGGAUCUGUGAACAGAGACAGAUGAAUGAGCAAGUGCGUAGUAUCUGUAAGAUCAUGGCUAAAAGGGCUCUCAGUAAUAACAGACUGGGUUCUGCUCUGUCCUGGAGUAUCAGAGCUAAAGACGCAGCCUUUGCCACACUUAUCUCCGAGAGGUUUCUGCAGGAUUACUGCACACGUGGCUCAUUCUCUGAUCUGGAUCUGAUCGAUAAUCUUGGACCUGCCAUGCUCCUCAGCGACAGACUCACAUUCCUUGGGAAGUAUCGUGAGUUCCACCGGCUGUACGGAGAAAAGAAGUUCACCGAGGCGGCGAAGCUCCUGCUCUCCCUCAUGACAGCAAAGAUAGCUCCACGCAGCUUCUGGAUGACUCUGCUCAUAGACGCCCUGCCCUUACUGGAGCAGAAAGAGGUGAUCUUUUCAGUGGAUCAGACCCAUGAACUCAUGUUCUGUCUGGAAGAGCUGACCUCUGACAACAGCGAGUUCAAACUAGAGCAUCUCACACAGGAUGAUGAUGUUGAAUCCACAAAGCUGGAGCUGCUGCGAUUGGCUCUGGCACGUAAUCUGGCGAUGGCCAUAGUGAAGGAGGGAACAGUCGAGGCAUAAAGACACACAUACAUACACACUGC